GAUCAUAUUACAGAGAAGGGGGAACAUGCCCGUAGUGGCACAUUGAAAGCACACAACCAAAGGCAGAAGGGCUGCCACAUUGGAUUUUAAACCCUAAUGGUUUUUCUUUCGCGCUAGCUUGCUAGCUGUGCUUUCUUUUGAGUGAAAUAUUGCUAGAAAGAUUCCAAAAGGAUAAUCAAACAAUAAAAAAAAUGUUUCCGAGAGGAUCUGCGGUAACACCCGGACACAGCGAGAGUGAAAAGAAAGUGAUUUCCGAUUAUCUGAAGACCGAAUCCUCGAUGUUAAAACUAUAGGAGCGCCUGGUGGAAACACGUUAUUGUCCCCGUUAUCUAUAGCUAAGACUGGUUGCAGUUUUGAUGCCGAAAAGUCGGGUAACAUCGGUCCAGGAGCAACAUAGCGGUAGUGGCAAAGGAACCACCAUUACGGUAUGAUUUCAACAGCUGCAGCUCGGAUUACUCCUACUUCUUAGCUAGAAAUCAUGUUUGUCUCAAUAGGAGCAACUCCGCGUGCCCCCUCUGUGAAAAUAUCAAGGAUUUGGUUUGCAAUUAUUAGUUGUACUUAAAAAGCUUGUAAUUAUACAUUGAACCCAACUGGCCAGCACUGUCAUCGGGACAAAGAAAUCUCGUUUUUUCCUGGAUGUUGCCCCAGUUUAUACUCUACGUGCUCGUAGUUUUUAAUCUCCACUACAAUCAUGUUUGCAGUCCGCAUCGUUACCGCAGACUACUACAUGGCAAGUCCGAUCAAAGACCUGGACGUUUGUUAUUCUGAAUUCAGAGAGAGUGAUGUGAAGAGGGUGCCAGUGGUUCGGAUCUUCGGGGCAACACCGGCAGGCCAGAAGACGUGCCUCCACCUCCAUGGUAUUUUCCCUUACAUCUACGUCCCCUACGAUGGCUACGGACAGGAGCCCGACCGCUACCUCCGCCAGGUGGCCUACAGCAUCGACCGUGCCCUCAACGUGUCCAUGGGGAACCCCUCGUCCAGUGCGCAACAUGUCUUCAAGGUUGCGUUGGUGUCCGGGAUGCCUUUCUACGGAUACCAUGCAAAGGAGAAGCAGUUCAUGAAAAUCUAUCUCCACAAUCCUCAGAUGGUUAAAAGGGUGUGUGAGCUGUUACAAGGCGGCGCGGUCAUGAACAAGAGCUACCAGCCCCACGAGUCCCAUGUUCCCUACCUGCUGCAGCUCUUCAUCGACUACAACCUCUAUGGCAUGAACCUGGUCAACCUGGGGGCGGUCAAGUUCCGCAAGAGCCGGCGGAAAGAGGAGUCCUCGGGCCAGGGCAGAUCGGAGCCGGGCGGCAGGAGCACCAGCCGGCUGGGGAAGAGCCCCUGUGCUUCCAGACUGGGUGACACAUCGCUGGGGGGAGACUCCACGCUGGGGGGGACCUUCGUGCGCUGGGAGGAGGAUGCCAUCCCCUGCUCACUGGUCCUGGAGGAAGUGGAAAAGCAGAGCACCUGUGAGCUGGAAGCAGACGCUGUGGCUGCAGACAUCCUCAACCGUCUGGAGAUAGAGAAUCAGAUUGGGAGGAACCCGGGCUUGCAGGCCAUCUGGGAGGAUGAGAAGCAGCGCCGUCGGGAGAAGAGUGAAUCAUCGCAGAUCGAGCCUCCAGAUUCUCAGGACCGAGGGCUUGUCACCUCUGCCGAAAGCGAGAAAUUCUUCAUGAAGAGGUUCAAAGAAAUUCUGAAGGAAAAUGAAUUCUCCAUGACUCAGUCGGGAUCUGUGGGUGAAGGAGACGAGUCGGCAAUGUUUCCUGUCGAACUCUCACUCCAUCCCGACGUCCUGACUCCCGAGGCGCUGCACUGUACUCCCGCCAACCUAGUGGAGGUCCACAAGGACACACAGCCAGACACCAAGAGGCACAGUGUUAAGGACUCUGAGGUGGCUAUUUUGGACGAGGAAGCCAUCCUGAGCCUGUUGGAGACCAGCCAGACUUUCCUUCCUUUGUCCCAGAGAAUUGUCCAGUCCCCCAUUCUUGAUACAAGCCAGGACCGAAGUAUGGUUGCCCUGCUGGCUGGGCUAGAGGAUGAUGGCUACCAGGCUGACCUGCCCAGGAAGUCUUCUCAACAGCAGCUGUCAGGGAGCAUACUCUCUCAUUACAACAGCGAUGAGGAGGAGGCGGCGCCCGAGCUCGAGAGGCAGGACACCGAGCUCAGUCUGAUGAUGUCGCAAAGAUGGGACAGUGACAUUCCGGGACAAUCCUCUAGACAGAGGCUCUCCAUGAAGGAAAUAAAUGACAGCUCUAGUGAGGAGCAGCAGGACUCUUCAGAUGAAGAGAUGGACUGGAGCAACAAUAACUCUCUUUUUGCCAACCUGUCCAUCCCUCAACUAGAUGGAGCUGCAGACGAAAACAGUGAUUCAUCACUGACUGACAAAGGCUCCAGAACUCACUCGUCUCUAACAGCCACUGACAAGAUGUUGGGAAAAAGGAACCCGUUCCCAAGUGAAACUGUCCAUUUGGAGCCCCCAUCCUCUGCCAAAAUCCUGCUGGAGUGCAAACACCCCGAGCACAGACAGACCCUCUCCUUGGACAAGGAGGAACCGGCAGACAAGCACUUCCUCUCCAAAGGCACCAUCAGCCCAGAGAGCAAGGCUGGCUCAGCUGGGCUCAAGAUGAACAAGGAGAGUCCCUACAUCCAGCCAGUUAAACACCCUAUUCCCUGUAGCAUCACAAAUAAGACUGACAUUUCCCCAAUGGGUGCUGACGAAAUGGACGUGCACCCUCUCUACACUUACGAAAAGAAAGCAAUCUCCCUUAACAAGCCUGACCCUGACGGCUUGCCCUUUGGAAAUGGGAAAAUUACACAGAGCAGGAAAAAGUACAGCAGUAUUAAAAAUGUGGAAAAGAAUCGCCUAUCCAUUCUACAAAAUCACCGGAGUUUUUCGCUCUGCUACUCAGAGCUGAGAAACUGUCCUACCAAGGUGGAACUGGAGCUGUCGCAGAAAGAGGGAAAAGGCCCUCUGCAGAGGAACCUCAAUUCAGCACCAAGCCCCAUGGAAGAAGAUGACCCAUUGGCUCCUCAGGAAGGUGAAACAGGAAGGAACAGUGAAGAAGGGGACAUGGGAGAGCUGAAGAUCAGGUACGAGGACUAUCAGGAGAACAAAACCGAGAGGACAAUAGUUGCUCAGCAGGAGGCACACUAUAAGUUUUUCCCCAGUGUUAUUCUCUCAAAUUGCCUCAACAGGCCUGCCAAAAAGUGCAUGGGCAAUAAGCCUGUAGAUGGUAGCAACAAGCUUGAGCAGGAGAAACGGAGAUCAAGACUGAAACUGGGCAAAAAAAGGGCUGGUUCAGCCAGCCAAAAGUCCAAGUUGGCUCCUGAGGAGGACACGGGUUCUGUGAGCCCGGAUGGAGCAGCCUUCACAUCCAUAAAUGACAAGAGUGAGGAAAAGGAGAAGGUAGAGAUGGGACCUUUUCCAGAGCCAAUUCGAGAUCUCCCUGCUCCUUGUGGCUCUGUUGUUCCAUCUGUUGAAGAAAGACUCUUACCCCCCAUUGAUCCCCCUUCUAAGGUUGGACACUCAAAACCCUCUGGACCACCAGGCAGCAAGUACACGCUAAGGGCAAAGCGCAAGAUGAGCUACGACAGCGAAGAUGGAGAGGCUUCAGGGGGCUCUCACCACGUUAAGCCUGCCCUGACCUUAAGAGAUGAUUAUUUGCUGAGUGGUCAUGAGUACAAGUAUCAAAAACGACGAAAGAUGUCAAAAAAGGAACCUCCUAUUAUCAUUAAGUACAUCAUCAUCAACAGGUUCAAAGGACAGAAGAACAUGUUAGUGAAGAUGGCCAAGGUAAGUGCAGAUGAACAGCGAGUGACACUGACACCAGGAAGGCUGGAGCUUUACAAAAAACUUGCUCCACUAAAGGAAUUUUGGCCCAAGGUACCGGAGUCGAAUGCUGUCAAAUAUCCAUUAGUUGAGCCAAAGGCAAAGAAGCACCCAAAGCGUAAAGCCAAGGUUAAUGCCACAUCCAAGAAAACAAUCUGCAGCCCUCCCAAAGCCGGAUGUCGGCAAGGAUUUAGAAUUAAAAGGACUAAAGGCAGUAAGAAGCCAUUAACUUUGCCUACUCUGCCACUUCCGACACCGAGUUACAAUGAACACACUGAUGAUUAUUCUUCAGAGUACACUGAUGUGAUGGUUCAGCUUGGUUAUCUGUCUGACAGAGCUCCCAGCCCUACAUGUUCAACACCACCUCGGUGUUGGUCUCCCAGUGGUCCCCAAAUGGACACAAUCUCUGCUGAUCAGUUAAUAAACCCAUUAAAUGACCCAUGUCUUAGCUCCACAUUUCAGGAAACAAGCACAGAGUCAUUAGGCAAAGGGAUUCGCAACAGAGGCCGCUCAAGCAAAUGCAGAAAGGUGACCCAAACUAUCCCUAAAAGAAGGGCCAAGGCCGCAACUAUGAAUUUGGAAGAACAGUCUGUCAAGAAAGAGAGUGCAAAAAGAAAAACCUGUAAUGCGGCAGAAAGAAAGAAAAGUAAAGAUCCAGAUUCUAUACAGGAAUCUAGCCAGGGAAAUGCACAGUCAAUCCCUAAAACAACCAAGAAACCACGCAAGAAGAAACGGCAGGUUCAAGGGGCUGAAAAUCCACUCUCAAAUCAGGGGACUGAGAGCUCCCAGCCUCCACUUCCCAAGGAAGACCUGCCUCCCAUGGAAGAAUCAUCUGGAGACCUCCCUCCCUUUCAGCAGCCAAUGUCUGACAAAAAAUGCAAAGACGAUACUGACUCCCAGGGUGUCACUAGUUCUAUAAGUCAGCCCUUGCCAUUUGAUAUUGAACCAAAGCCAGAGACCUGCAAGACUUCCAUCUCUGAAAUGAGCCCAAGUCCCUGUGAUACACAUGGUGUUAAAAGGCAGCCUGACCUGCUUCAAGGCGGUGGCAUAGGCAAUACCCAUGACCCCACACUAGCUUGUAGUUCUCCAGCGACAUCAAAACCAUCAGAUGCUGGAAAAUCACAAAGCACUUGUUCGACACCUGUUGUAAAGAGCAUUGGCUUCCCAUGUUCUGUAAUCACAUACAGUAGGUCCAACUCAAAUACACAGGUGCAGAGUUCAAAUCUUGGUUCACAACAGAGCCCUAAUUCAAUUAUAAAGACUGAGACUGAGACCUCAUGCCAGAUUCCGUUGAGCUCUGAGGAAAGCCAGAAUUCCAUGCAGCCCUCUGAAUGCAAGACACCAGCAAAGGCCAAACGGCGUCAAUCAAAAAAGAAGGAAAAAGAAGACAUGGCAGUAUUGCAGUGUACAUCACUUAAGGCAAAGCCCCUGCCAAAACCCAAGUCUGGUGAGACACCGAAAACUGCCAAAGACUGUUCACCUCAACCAGCCCCCAGGAAUGGGGAGAGACUGCUACUUCCUGAGACUCCAUCUGGGCUUGCUGUCCUUAAAGAGCUUCUGCAGAAAAGGCAGCAGAAGGUUUCUGAGGGUGCAGGCACCUCUGAGGCAUCACCUAUUCUGGCUAAUCCAGCCAACAGUGCUCCAAAUCUAGAGAGCAAGCCUGCAAAAGCCAAAAGGGCUCCCUCCUCUACCCCUCGUAAGCCCAGGGCUCCUAAGGUGCAAGUCCCAAAGGAGAAAAAGCCUAAAAGUAGAAAGGGGAAAAAUUGCAAGCAAGAAGAACCAAUUAAGUCAGAACUUCCCCUGUCAGAUGAUAGCCCAGUGUUCCUUUCUGACCCUGGUUUCGAUAGUUGCUACUCUAUCGAAGACAGCUUGUCUCCAGAGCUCCCUCACAACUACAACUUUGAUAUCAACACUGUAGGCCAAACUGAAUUCUGCGGUCUCUACACAGGCAGCCAAUUUGUGUUGGCUGACAAGAACUUGCCCCAGAAGUUCCUCAGUGACAUAAUCCAGGAGCCUAUCCCAGCACUAGCUCGGGGAUUUGAGAGCCUGCCUGAGAGGGUCCUAGGCUUGGUGGACGAGCCACAAGGUGGAGCAGAAUGGCACAGAAUGGGUCCACUCAGUCCCGACCUCUUUGACAAAUCGGCAGAAACCAGAGACGGACUCCCAACUCACCUGUCAGCAUCUUUAUUGGACUCGGACAGUGGUCAAGAGCUUGCUGCUGCCAGGAUUAUGAGGAGCAGGGAAUGGGGGUCUUCCCUGAGCAAAGGUCAUGGUCUUAGUCAUUUUCAGGGUUUUCACUGUGAGAGAAGAGACUUGCUCUUUUCUUUUGAUCCCUUCCUUCCACUGCCAUUGAACUCCACGUCCUUCACAGAUAUCCUUAGUUCUCAUUGUGUGGAUCUAAUGGAAGGGAAUGAUGCAUUGACAACAACAACACCCAGCAGUUCACCUAGGUCAGUCAGCUCAUUGUCACAGGUUAAGAUGGGCAGUCAGUCCCAGAGAGGUGCAGGGGGUGCCCAUAUCCUGAAGCCCCUUAUGUCCCCCCCGAGCCGGGAUGAAAUCCUCACCACGCUCCUGGAUCUGGAUCUCUCAGAAACCACCUAUCAGGAGCCCUUCUGUAGUAAUCCUGCUGAUGUUCCAGGAAAACCCAGGGAGAUUGGUGGUCGCAGACUGGUGGUUGAGACCAGACUAGCUAAGGAGCUGACAGAGUUCUGUGGGGAUUUUUCCUCAGAAGGCCUGCAGUUCUGGAAGGCCGCCUUUUCUGCAAUGACACGUUCAGGGUCUCCAUCAGCGCCUGUAGUUUCGUGUAUGGAGUCCCUCAAGGGGCAGCCAGAUCUCAGUCCUGCCCCUGCCUCUGCCAGUGACCAGAAGGUGGUUCUGCUUCCCUGCAAAAGUGCGCCUAGCAGGGAAAGGGUGCAGCUGUGGCUACAGGCCAAGAGGGAGUUUGAGCGUCCUCAGAGGGAGCAUGCACAUGCUGGUGAAGAGAUGAGGGGCCACUUGGACUGGGAUGGACAUCAGAAUGUGGGUGGAACUGUGGCCUCGACAGAAAAAUUUGAAAGGGCAUGUGAUCAGUUUGAGAGAACCAGCACGCAGGCCAUUAAGGAGAGGAGGCAAGAUAUUUGUCUGGUGGACAAGGCUGAAAGCUGCACUGGUGGGCCAAGGAUCCAUGUUGCGGACACCGGUGCGAGAGAGGAAGAGGAUGAAGAAGAGUUCUUUGGCAAAUCCAGUUCUCCAGACUCCCCAGUUCUGCCGCCCUGGCAACAAACAGUUUGGCAGAGUCCUGGGGAGGUGAAAGAAUCAGAACCAGACAUAGCAUCACCCAAGGUUGUUACUCCCAGUAGCCAGCCCUGUACCUCUCCAGAAAGGAGACCAGACAAGGAAUUCCUCAGCCCGUCACCUUUCUCUCUCUCAGCCCAGAGGGAGGAGAAAUCCCACCCCUUUCUCCUUCACAGCACCCCUGUCUACAGGAGGCGGAAAAGCAAAGUGGACCCUGAGGCCAACUGUAGCCCUCCCAUGACUGAAGAUAUAGAGUCCAAGUCCCCAAGAGUGCAGCAGCGAAGAGGGGGCCACACUGACACCUUGAGGAGAGUGCUGCUCACCACACAGAUGAAGAACCAAUUUGCUGCUUUGAAUGUUCCAAAGAAAGACGGCUCUCAAAUCGAAGGCCCGUCCAUCAGCAACUCUUAUGGUUUCAAAGUCAGCCUGCAGAAUCUCCAAGAUGCUAAAGCGCUGCACGAGGUGCAGUACCUGACCCUGAUGAGUAUGGAGCUCCAUGCAAGAACCCGACGGGAUCUGGAGCCCGACCCAGAGUUUGACCCUAUAUGUGCCUUAUUCUACUGCCUCCGCUCAGACGCGCCACUGCCUGACUCUGAUCAGACCCAGCUGACUGGGGCCAUUGUUGUGGACAAGGAUUGUCACAGCUGGGGGCAAGCCUGUGCAGGUUCCAGAAGUACAGCACCUCUACUGGUCAGAUCUGGAAUUACUGGUCUACAAGUCACCUACACCAUUGACGAAAAGCAUCUCUUUCAAGAAAUUGGCAACAUAAUGAGGAGGUUUGACCCAGACAUCCUGAUUGGGUACGAGGUACAGAUGCGAUCUUGGGGAUACCUCCUACAGCGGGCGUCUGCGCUGGGCGUGGACCUGUGCCAGCAGCUGUCAAGGGUGCCAGGCGACUCGAAAGAGAACCGAUUUUCAGCAGAAAGGGAUGAAUACGGCGCUGACACCAUGUCGGAAAUCAACAUCAUAGGCCGCAUCGUCAUCAACCUGUGGAGAAUAAUGAAAACGGAGGCGACGUUAAAUCACUACAGCUUUGAGAAUGUGGCCUUCCAUAUCCUUCACCAACGCUUCCCGCUCUAUAGCCCACGUACGCUCUCCGACUGGUUCGACCACACCACCGACCUGCACAGGUGGAAGAUGGUGGAUCACUAUGUCAGCCGUGUGUGUGGCACCAUGCAGCUGCUCCAACAGCAGGACAUCAUCGGGAGAACCAGCGAACUGGCCCGGGUAUUCGGCAUCCAGUUCUACCAUGUGCUGACCAGAGGGUCCCAGUACCGUGUGGAGUCGAUGAUGCUACGCAUCGCAAAGCCCAUGAACUACAUUGCGGUCACGCCCAGCACGCGGCAGAGGGCCCAGCAGAGGGCGCCCCAGUGCAUUCCGCUGAUCAUGGAGCCGGAGUCGCGCUUCUACAGCAACUCGGUGGUGGUGCUGGACUUCCAGUCCCUCUACCCCUCCAUCGUCAUCGCCUACAACUACUGCUACUCCACCUGCCUGGGUCACGUGGAGAGUCUGGGAACGCACGAUGAGUUCAAGUUUGGCUGCACCUCCCUGAGGGUCCCCCCUGACCUCCUGUACCAGCUGCGCAAUGAUAUCACCGUGUCGCCCAAUGGUGUCGCCUACGUCAAGUCGUCCGUGCGCAAAGGGGUCCUGCCCAGUAUGCUGGAGGAGAUCCUGAAGACCAGGAUCAUGGUUAAACAGUCCAUGAAGGCCUACAAGCACGACAAGGCCCUCAGUCGCCUGCUGCACGCCAGGCAGCUGGGGCUCAAGCUCAUCGCCAAUGUCACCUUCGGCUACACAGCUGCCAACUUCUCCGGCCGGAUGCCCAGUGUGGAGGUCGGCGACAGUAUUGUUCACAAAGCCAGGGAGACCCUGGAGAGAGCCAUAAAGCUGGUCAACGACACUAAGAAGUGGGGUGCUCAUGUUGUGUAUGGUGACACGGACAGCAUGUUUGUCCUGCUGAAGGGAGCCACCAAAGAGCAGGCCUUCAAAAUCGGGAAUGAGAUCGCUGAGGCAGUGACGGCCACCAACCCCAAGCCGGUAAAGCUCAAGUUUGAGAAGGUGUAUCUGCCCAGCAUUCUGCAGACAAAGAAGAGGUACGUGGGCUACAUGUAUGAGAGCCUGGACCAGAAGGACCCUGUGUUUGAUGCCAAGGGGAUUGAGACGGUGCGCAGAGACGGCUGCCCUGCUGUUUCCAAGAUCCUGGAGCGCUCCAUCAAGCUGCUGUUUGAGACGCGAGACAUCAGCCAGGUCAAGCAGUACGUCCAGCGGCAGUGCGUGAAGAUCCUAGAGGCCAAGGCCAGCAUGCAAGACCUCACCUUCGCCAAGGAGUACCGGGGCAGCAACUCCUACCGGCCUGGGGCCUGCGUCCCAGCUCUGGAGCUCACCAGGCGAAUGCUGACAUAUGACAGGCGUUUGGAGCCACGGGUGGGAGAGCGGGUGCCCUAUGUCAUCGUGUACGGAACGCCGGGCGUGCCCCUGAUCCAGCUGGUACGCCGCCCCAUGGAGGUGCUCCAGGACCCCAGCCUGCGGCUCAACGCCACCUACUACAUCACCAAGCAGAUCCUGCCCCCCCUGAGUCGAGUCUUUGCCCUCAUCGGGGUGGACGUUUUCAGCUGGUACCAGGAGCUGCCGAGGAUACAGAAGGCGCACUCGACAGCGGGCGGAGGGGAGGACGUGGGGAGGAAGGGAACCAUCUCUCAGUAUUUCACCACCCUGCACUGCCCCGUGUGCGACGAGCUGACCCAGCUGGGCGUGUGCGAGCGCUGCCGGGCGGAGCCCCAGCGCGUGGCCGUCACCCUGCAGCAGGACCUGCGGCAGCUGGAGAGCCAGCAGGAGCAGCUGCUGAGGAUUUGCAGGAACUGUAGCGGGGGUGCCGAACGCCAGGUUCCAUGCGUGUCCCUGGACUGCCCGGUUCUGUACAAGCUGUCCCGGGUCACCCGCCAGCUCUCCAAGGGCCCCUACCUCCGGCAACUCUUGGACCAGUUCUGACCAACCGGAACUGCCUCGCACGCAGAGCUACAUUGGUGCUAAACGCUGUUUUUAAUUCAGCUGCUUUUGCGUGUCGUUUUUUUUUUUUUUUUUCUCAUUUUUUUAAAUGGUGCUUUGAUUAAACCCUGUCGAUUUACCAUUUCGUCCUGUUGCUAUUUGUUAUACAAGUGUUUCAAGCAAGCUGGAGGUUGCUGGAUUUGGCCUCCAGUGAAAAAGUGUUUUUCAGAGCUUGUGUUGUCCUCAUUCCCAUUCGCUGCAUUGUUAUUAGCUGCUAUUGGUUGUAAGUGAAUCUGUGUUUUCUCCGGACAAUGAGCUUGAAUUGCGGUCGGAUUCGCUCCGUCAAUGUGGCGUUUUGAGCGGUCCGAUCAGAGGACUCUUCUACGAUCACAACUAUUUCAUGAGCGCUGUAGCAAUUUGUAAAUGCUGGACUUUGAAGUCCAACCGAUUUUUCCCUAGGGGGCCCCCUCCGGCUCACCAGGGCAACGAAUUAAACCACUGUUUAAAUUCAACUCUUUUUAUAUUAAAAUAAAAUCUUUUUGUAAAUAGAAAUUAUUUCCUUGUAAAGUGGCCGCAAUUUCUCAGUGUGCACCAGAAUUUGCAAACAGUUCUAAUGAUAAUGGGGGGGAAAAAAUGAAACUUGUUUUUAUUAAUUCUGUUUCAGGGUGCCAUGUGCUUUGUCUCCAUAUUUUCCCUGCCUUGAAAAGGAUGUUUUUAUUUAAGUAUGUUUUCUGCAAAGAAUAGUCCUUAAACUCUGAGCCUCCAGGAAACUGGGAGGGGAUUGGGAGUGCAGAAACUAUUACCUACGUGUCAGAGUUUUUAAACUUCUGGGACUGUUGCAAUACUGUAUUUUGAUAAUUUAUGGCGAGAGUAUAUAUUAUUUCCUUGUGCAGAUUUGUUUUUUACACACAUUUCUAAUGCUUUCUCUAUGCUCAACGGUAUAUGUUCCUUUACCUAUGUAAAGACUGAUUCUAUAAUUUCCCAAACAAUUGUACACAAGAUCUGUGUAUUUGUAUAGUUGUAAAAAAAAAAAUCUGAAGGAAGUGUGUUUUUUCUUUUUGUUUUUUGCUUUUUUGUUUUUAAUGGACAUUUCUGUGGGUGGAGGUUAAAGAUUGAUAUAAUAAAACUAAAUGUAUGAAAAUA